AAUUAAUUUACCGAGCUGAUAUUAUUUUGCAAGGCAAGAUGGACGUUACACCAGACGUGUACAGCAAGGGGAACUCGUUUCAGUUUGAAGAAGGCAAACACUUAAUUGGACAAAUUUUAUCCGAUUUUCCAACAAGGAAAUUUCCCAUAAUUCUGGACAUUGGUUCUGGAUCGGGAAAUCUGACAUGUCACAUGGCCCAACUAAUUCCACACGAGACCAUCAUCGGCAUCGAUAUCGACCCGGCUAUGAUCGCAUUUUCCAUAAACAACAAACCCACCCUGGAAACAAUUAGCUACGUGUGUCAAGACCUUUCCCAGCCGUGGGACCAACUUUCCCCGGAAUUGGCCCGACUCGCCGGACACGUGGACUUAAUCAUGUCGAAUAUGACGCUCAACUGGGUCAUCGAUAUUGGAACAAUGUUCAAGGUUCUCGUUUAGUUAACGAUUCUUCGUUAUGAAACCAAACCAAAUGCAAAUUGUGAUCGACUAUGCAACAUCAUAAUUCAUGGAUGUGAAUAUUAUUCUGCCAAAACUGCAAUGGAGGAGACGACAGAUUUUCUUUCCAAUUGUUUGGAAGUGGAUGUCACUUAAAAAUGCCCGUCCGUUGUCCAACGGUAAAUCAGUGCUGGUGAAAUUGGCAUCAACCAAACAGAAAAGUAUGGUGUUUAGAAACUGCCACAAGUUAAAAGCCAUCCCUGCCAAAAUCUCAAUUGUGGAGGACCUAAGUAAAGACGAACGUGAAAAGAAGAGACGACAAAUACCAGAAUUCCUUGAGCAAAAGAAAAUUGGAAACAAAGUCUACUUCCGAGGCGCCGACCUGUUCGUGAAUGGGACUCAAAUCACCGAAGAAAUUAGAAUUUCACCCUAUCAUUGCCAUUCAGUCACAGCCCAAACUAAACCUACGGAGAAGACAGAGAAAUUGGACCACGCCAAGUGUGGACAGCCCCCUGUAGAAAAAGACGUUCAACCCGAAAAAGACGAUCAACGCGAUACACAUUACUUGGAAGGACCACAUCUCAAAGACGUUAAACGAAGCCCAAAAUUAUCUCAAUCAAUUUCGGAUGACGGCGUAGCCUACAUACUUUCAAUUAUGGAUGCCAACAUGAAAUCACUGACGAGGGAAAUGGAUGCUUGCCUAGUGAAAAUGGAUAAUUUCAGAAUUGGAGUUUUAUGAUUUUCUUAUGAGGACUUGAAAAAUGGAGAUUUGCUAUGUGUAGUAUUUAAUGGUUUUAUUUUUGCAGUUAUUGUCAUACGAAUUAGCAUAAUCGGUUGAUAAUGUGAAUAAGAUUGCAAUUUAAUUUUUAAUUAUGAAUUUAAUUUUGAGGAUCUGCAGUUAACUGACUUGAAAAUAGUGUCGUUCAUGGAGCAGUGAAUACUGACUGUUUACUUUUUACGUUUAUAAAUUAUGCUGUAGUAUUUAAUGGUUUGAUUUUAGUAAUCCACCACUUUGAGUUAUUUGAUUUGUUCAAUUGAAUUCGUUCAUAUUGACCUAAUUAGUUGAGACGAAAUUCUGAAUAAUUAAGCUCUUAUUAUA